AUGGUCCAAGUGCGAACCCCUGAGGGCCCCCGUUUCCAACAACUGCGGGCAAAAAAUGCAGAAGACGGUCAACGGGGCCCGGAGUGUGGAGGAUGUCAACACGAUGGGAAGGACUAUGCAGACGGCUCGGAAGUGACCAUGGCUGAUCCAUGUGUGAGAUGUCGGUGUUCCAAAGGGUUGUUGGUGUGUCGUCUGAGGGUGUGCAACCCCCUGCCACACCCUCCACCACGGGGAUGCCUUGUCCUCACUAGGAGAACUGAGUGCUGCCCAAGGCUCGUGUGCAAUCAAGGUCCAGAAGAAGGAAACAGAAGAAGACUGUCUGACGACUUUGUAGACGGAGGAAACUCGCUGAAUGGAUGUACAGUGAAUGGCACAGUUUAUGCGGAGGGGUCUGCCAUGGACUCAUCCACCAGGUGUCAUUACUGCUACUGUAUCAAGGGCCAACAGCACUGUGUGAAACCCCAGUGUUUGCUGUUGGAUUCAGAAUGCACACCAACCUACACCCCAGGAUCGUGUUGUCCAACCAAGUACAACUGUAGUGAUAACUCUAUAAGUGAUUCAACUACUACCACAAACAGCCCAAGAUCAGGAUGUGAAGUGGAUGGUCACGUGUACCCAGAGGGUGAGCUCAUUCCAAAUAAGGGUGAGACCUGUGAGAACUGCUACUGUCUAAAGGGCCGGUUGCAUUGCGAACCGGUCGUUUGUUCUGUACCGGUCAAUCGACGAUGUGUACCUGUUGUAACUCCAGGCCAUUGUUGCCCUACAAGCUACAACUGCAGUGGAGACAGCACUCUUCAAUUUAAAGAGGACCAACUUUACAAUGAAGGAGAAGACAUGAUGGCAUUAAAUACUCAAAACCAUCUACAUGUGAACUCAGAGCGAUCGAUUACUGGUAGCAAGAAACAUUCUGGAAACAAAGACCAAUUGAUACAAACAACACAGCCAAUGCCAGCUGAUACAACUUUGGCAGAAGAAGAAACGUCAACAUCUCUAGAAACAACAACGCUCAAAGAAGAGUCGACAACAAUCGAAGCUGAAACGACAGAAACAACAGAGGCAACAACGUUUGAAACUUCAAUAGCGACGGAAGGAGACACAACAUUGAUUCCUUCAACGACUGUAGUUCCUAAUCUUCCAGACGUGGAAGAAAGAGUGAACGCCCAAGGAAAAGAAGAAGAAACCACAGUUAAAGUAGAGGAUGUGACGACACAAAUCAGCUUACCUUCUCAUAACUCAACUUCAGCAAACAACACAAAAAACCAUGAAACAACGGAGGAAAUCGACAAGCAUAACUCUAUACCAGGACCUGAUAAAUUGCUGCCAACAGAAAUAGAAGCUAUCCUCAAUAAAACCAAGCUUGCCAACCAAGAGGAGGAUUACGACUACGACUACAACGAACCGUCACUACCUCCGUCUCUUCCGAACUUAAGAAUCAUUCCGUUUGUAGCAGCAGAUGCUGUAGUGGACGAGCCAGUUUACAGUCCCGCGCUGGAAAAGUCUCAUUCGUCAGACGAAGGACAUCACUUCUACGAGAUACCCCACUCCAGCGGAUUCUCACCUCCUGCGGAAACCGAAGGUGGAUUUGUGCCCAAAGAGUCUCUGCUUGACGGACCAUUCUACGAGUCCAAGUACGACACGGUGUACCACAGCAGUGGAGCAGCCCUGGGCUCUGCAAACCUCGACUCUCUACCUUCCAUUACUGAGCCCUUCAAAACUGCUGACGACGACAAAUGUGUCAGUGGCGGCCGCACCUAUCGCCACGGAGAGCUGCUCACGGAGCCGUCAGCUUGUGACCUCUGUGUCUGUUACUAUGGCAAGAUCCUUUGUCAACAGCCCAAGUGUCCUGUGCCGGAUACAGGAUGUCACCUCUCUAACAGCAGAGAACCCGGAUCAUGCUGUCGCAAAGUUGUUUGCAAUGGAAAUAAUAUAGAGUCCCCUACCAGAGUGGUGGAGAAUGCAACCCCAGCUCCUCACCAUCCUCCGUUCACAAUCGCAGAUGUGAUUGUGACUCCGGAUCCCUUCAGGGACGUCAUCCGAACAGAACCGGCUCCUGACCUCCCCUCCCUUAUAGGAGACAUCAUGCCUUAUCUGUGGGACCAAACAUCCAGCACUUCUCCUGUAUCACUGACUACAUCGGAACCAAUGGAAGAGGAAAAGAACACAUCGAACAUUGUCCUAACAACGUCAUUGCCAGAAACCACCACGACGACACUCAAAACCGAGGCAACAACAGUAAAACCAACGUUAUCAACUCAACAAACCUCAACUCAAACAACACAAACUGUAGAAGCGAAGAACAAAACUGAAGUAACAACAAAAGCAACAGAUGAGUACGAUUACAAAGAGGUCAAAGAGGAAGAAACAAACGAUGAUGAGUUUUCUCUUGAUUCUGUCUUCAGCUAUUUGUUUGACAGUGAUAAGUGGACCACUAAGAAACCGAAGACUACAAGUAAACCGGAGAGUAAAAUUCAACUCAAACCAACAUUGACAGGAAUUAAAUCAAACGAAAGUAUCCCUUUGGUCGAGCAAUCGUUGGAAAAUCGUAGUGAUGAAGACAUAAACAAAUUAACAGAAAUUAAUAAUUCCACAAAAUUAGUAAGUGUUUUACCUAAGACGACUACUCAUAGUUUCUUAGAUGAUAAUAAAAUGCAUGUGGUAACUGAAAUUACAAAAACAACAAGAAGACCUGCAGUUUAUAUAACAACAACUGAACAUAGCGUUACAAAAAGUGUUUCAAGAACGGCAAAACCUUCGACUCAUUCUAAACCUGUUGUUUCCAAAGUUGCACCAACUAUUCCGUCUCACUCCGGACCUGAUCCGGGAGCUGCGUCAGGUCUCCUGAAACUCGCAGGAUGCAACAUCUACGGGAGAAUGUACAGGGUUGGACGGAUCAUCUCCGAACUAUCAGGUCCAUGUCUGGAAUGUAUGUGUACGGAAGUUGGUGUUCAGUGUAGACCGCUUAAGUGCUGA